ACCUGCCCGCUGACACACAUUUUCCACGUGACUUGUGAAGUUGCGAUGGGGGCCAUAUGGUACAGAAGUGUUGCGUUUGCAGUGAGGUCGGGGAACAAUGAACUUCGCUCCGUUUACGGGGCAUCUACCGACGACGGCGACAGCGAUUCCGACAAUCCAUCAGUUCGCUGCGAAGUUUGGCUAUGAGGGCAGUGGUAAUGGCGGGGUGGUGCAAGAGACGCGCUACCAGGCUGGCAGCGGCGGGGUGCAAUUCGCAGUCGCGCCAGGCUCGACUACUAACGUAUCUGUGGACGGGGUCAAGUUCCGCCAGGCCGAAAGCGUAGUCGUAGUGAGCGCCGCGCAGCCCGGCACUGUUACGCUAGCCGGUCUCGCGCCUAUUCAUACUGUGAACACUGGCGUUAAAUACCAAACAAUCUCAGCGUCCACAUCAUCUGUGAACCUGGGCAAUAUCACCUACGGCGGGCAGACGAGCUAUGUGCAAGCGGAAAGCGUUCAGCAGUUAAAAGCCGAGAAGAGAGAAGAGAUACAUCAUGAUCUUAUGGCUACUAUGAUGCAGCAGCAUCAGGUAACCCAAGCAACGCCCCUUCAACAAGGGCAGCAGUUAUUAGUCGUGCUGCAUGAGCCGAAGGAGGCUGCCGCCAUCGCGCGCGCGAUUAAGCAAGAAACGCGACCUGACAGAAAUGCUAAUGCUACCGCUAAUGAAUAUAUAAUUCUGUCCCCAGGUAUUGGCGACGUGACCGACUCUUCCACCUGGCAGACAUUAACCGGUGGUGUAACAGACUAUCUCUCCGCGCUACCUCUGCCCUUGCAUCAUCUUCUCAAGUAUUCCACACCCGUGUCCUCAGUGGAAGGCAAGAACGAACCAACUAUAGUAACAGUCGCCACCAAUUCACUUGCUACCGUGCCCGCUAUUACAGUGCCAGCAAGCAGUGUGGUGGUACAAAGUGCAACGAUUGUGAAUCAAAGCGAAAGCAACUCACCCAUAAAUACUGCCAGUACGGUCAUCGUCUCGAAGAAGAAGAAAAAGAAGAAGGGCAAAGAGAAGAAACAGAGACCUAAGCCGGGAGAAAUACGACUCACUACUGCACUUGAUGGCAGCACGCUAUAUUGUUGUCCAGAAUGUCACAUGGCAUAUCCAGAGAGAGGAUUGUUGGAGCAGCAUCUUGUCGGACAUACCAUGGAAAGAAGGUUUAUCUGCGAUAUUUGUAACGCGGCGUUAAAACGCAAAGACCAUCUGACGCGUCACAAGCAAUCACACAACCCGGAGCGUCCGCACGUUUGCUCGGUUUGCCUCAAGGCCUUCAAGAGAAAGGAGCAACUCACUCUGCACUUUGUCAUACACUCGGGGGAGAAGCGGCAUGUUUGCAAUGAAUGCGGAAAAGGAUUCUACCGCAAAGAUCACCUACGCAAGCACACCCGUUCGCACAUCGCUCGGCGCGUGAAAGCCGAGCUAUGCCAGGGGGAAGACUCUUCUCCCCCACUGGCUACUCCCCCCGCACCCGCACCAGCCCCGGAGCCCUCCUGACCCGAUGAUAAAAACGAUCUGAUGACACUCAUCGCCGCUGCAAAAGACGUUCCGUUUUAAACGUGCCCAAGUCGAUGGUGAGUGGGGAUGAGGUUUAUUGAACUAGGAAUGCACCGACGAGGUUGUGUCGUUAGUGCUUUCACGCAUCUAAAUAGCGCAGUUAUUUAGACAAAUGCUUAGUUGUUUGGAAUCAUUUAAAUUAUGAAUUUUUACGGUGGCAUGUCACAGACCUGCAUAUUCACGCUCGAACCUCACUGUUUUGUUUACACGUCAGGGUUUCAUUUGUGGAUAUAUAAAUAUACGAUACUAUUGUGUCCAUCAUACUCAUACUCACUUUGGUUUGUCGGAAAAAAGGGGGUGACAAUGGUAACGCCACAAG